AUGCAGCAUGAUGAAGUUAUUUGGGGUGUAAUCUCCAAGCAAUUUUGCUCCUUUAAGAGCAAAUUACCAGGCACUGGUAAUAUGUUUUGUAGUAAUCCAUACAAUGUAACAGGUCUUUGCAAUAAAACAGCCUGUCCAUUGGCUAAUAGUCGGUAUGCUACCAUACGUGAAGAAAAUGGUGUCUGUUUUCUCUAUAUGAAAACAAUUGAACGUGCACAUACGCCAAAUCGACUAUGGGAGCGAGUGAAACUGAGCAAGAAUUACACGAAAUCUCUGGCACAAAUUGAUGAGCAACUCCAAUUCUGGCCAAAGAAACUUAUACACAAGAAUAAGCAGAGACUGACGAAGAUUCAUCAAUAUCUCAUGCGCAUGCGGAAGCUCACACUCAAGACAAAACCAAAACUUGUGGUUAUUAACAAGAAGAUUGAUCGACGUGAAAAACGUCGAGAGAAAAAGGCCAUGGUAGCUGCGAAACUUGAUAAUUCGAUUGAGAAAGAGCUACUGGAACGUUUACAGAAAGGAACGUAUGGUGAUAUUUAUAAUUUCCCAGAACGUGAGUUCUCCAAGGUACUUGAGAGUAAUGGCAAGCGUCAAACAAUGGAGGAGGAAAGUGAAGAGGAAGUCGAGUAUGAGUUGGAUGAGAAUGAAGAAGGAGAUGAGGAGGAGGAGGACGAUGCUGGACAGGUGGAGUAUGUUGAGGAUUUUGAGGAAGACGAGAGCGAUGUGGAGGAUCUAGUGGACGAAUUUGCCGUCGAUGACGAUGGAGAGAGCGAUGUGCCUGAAGACGAAGAGGAGGAGGAUCCAUUGAAGUUAAAGAAGCGCAAAGCGUCCAUGGUUUCGAAGAAUGGUAACGAUGAAAAGAAGAAGAAGAUGAUGAAGCCUAAGGGACCGUAUGUUGAGAUUGAGUAUGAGCAAGAGCAAGAGACGGUUGAUGGAGAUAUCAACUGGUAG